UUAAAGGUGUGUAUGGGAAGUGUUAACAUUCCUACAUGCUGUCUCAACUGCUUUCUAAAUGUUUUUGACUUCUAGUGGGAAGGAGCAGCAAUCAAGAUCGGACUGGGAAGAGUACGAAACCCGUUUUGCCUAAAACUCCAUGAUAGCUGUGAUCGUGAAGCUACUGCGUCAGAUGCACUCUGAUAGCUUUUUGCAAUAAAAGUGCUUUGUGGUGUGUGGAGUCCCCUGUUAGAUCUGCACUGAUAAAGAGUGCUGAAGGACUGCAAUAAAUUGAACGUUUGCAGCUGCAUUCCUUGAGAAAGACAGAAGACAGAUUCUUUCAACCAUGGCAAACCAGGCGUUUUCCCCAGAGGCUGCUUUCCCUCAUGGGAGGCGGAGGGAGAAAUGGGACCCCAGGCUUCUUUCAAGGGCAAGGACUUGCUUGGGAAAAAACGAGAGUGCCUCCAGGCCUACAGCUGGUGGAGAACACCACAGAAAAAACGAAAGAAAAAGAACAAAAUAAAACCAGGAAGAAUAGAGUUUGUUAGUAGUAGUAGUUGUUCAGCCAGACCAGAUUAUUCAAUAUUUGUUGGGGAGCUUACUCCAGAAGUGGAUGAUUUCCAGCUCUAUGACUAUUUCCUAAAGAGGUACCCUUCAUGUAUUGACUGCAAAAUAGCAACAGACCUGCUGGGAUAUUCCAGAGGGUAUGCCUAUGUCAGAUUUGGUGAGCAAGGUGAUCAGAUGAGGGCACUGCAAGACUGCCAGAAUGCACCAGGUCUGGGGGGAAAACGAAUCCGGCUGAGCAUAGGAAUUUCUAAAAGACUGAAAGCAGAAUUCCAGCGGUACCAGUCAUACAACUAUAAUGAUUAUUACCAAGAUUAUCAGAACUACUACUCGCAGUGGAGUUACGAUGCUUACGCUGAGUACAACUACAGCUCCUAUGCUCCCUAUGACAGCAUGCAAGCUGUUGGAGACUGCUCUUUAGGAGAUGCUGUAAUGGCUCCAGCUGUUUUUGAGGAAUCUUCACUUAUGACUGAAAUCAGUGAUGACCUAAUUACUGAAGAUCCACAGCUCUACUUGGAUGUUGAUGAAAUGAACAGACAAUUUAUGGAGACAAGCGAAGAACUCUAUGAUUCACUCAUGAAUUGUCACUGGCAACCUCUGGAUACGGUCACUUCUGAAAUCCCCUCUGCUAUUUAAGUGUCUUAUAUAGCAUGACCGUUAUGACCAAGGUGCUAAAACUACAUUUCUUCUACAUUAUUCUAGUUCAUAAGUUUUAAAGCACAAUGAUUGGGGUUUUUUUUGCUAUGCUUUUGACAGUUUCUGUAAUCUUUUUGUUCAUCACUCUAUUCUUGGAGCAUCAUGAAAUCAUGUAAAUAUUCUAGAAAUGUAAAGAGUUAAAUGGGGUCUAAAGAUAGACUUGCCUGUGUAAAUAAAAAUUUGUUUCUGCAAACCUGCCAGCAAGGGAUUUUACUUGUACAUGUGUGCAGCAUGUUCUCUUCUGGCAUACGGAAUUUAACAAGGUAGUAAGGGUAUUUGUAUUUCAUCUAUAUUUUUGUAUGGGCAUUAGGACACAAGCAAAAUCUAGCUUUCUCUUGUUUUCCUGGUUACUUAGGUAAGUGACAAGCCAAGCCUUUCAUGUGCUUGCUUAGACUGGAAGUAUAUAUGGGAGACGCUCACAGGCCUUGCUGUGAAAACGCCUGUGUUCACUCAUUCCUUCAGGCUGCUGGCUCUAACAAUACUACUGAUACCUGCUAGGUCAGCUAAAAUUGGCUUACAAAUUUGGUAUUUUAGGCGUACGGAAGUGUAAACUUCAGCUGCCAUAGCUACAACUAUCCCAUGGAGUGAGGAUGAUGUCUGUUGGCACUCCCUGCAUCAGCAUUCAGCUUUCCUUUGCCCUUCUUACUGUUAGACUUCUCAGCUGACACUUUACAGCAAAGAAAUUGCUACACAUAAUACAUGUUCUUAAACCUAAAAAAAAAA